AUGAAGUUUUUUUCCCUCCGUAUUUUACGCCCUCGGUUUGAAGGUUUUUUUUUUUACCUCAAAAAAAAAAUUAUUUUUUUUCGAUCUUUUUGACUGAAAAAAUAUAGGCGGAAAAAACUUCAGUGAAUUUUUUUCCGCUUGACCCCUAAAAUUAAUUUUUUAGAGAAAAAUAAGAAUUUAUUUGUAAAAACUAAGGUACCUAAUUUAAUAUCUUCACAUACAAAAAUUUACGUUUGAUAUGCUCUAUUUUAA